CCUACCACAAUGAAAACUGGGAAGAGCCAAGAGGAUAUGGUAACUGGCGCGCUUCCUAGGCGCAAGAGCUCCAAAGAAUGGUUGGAACCACAGUCGCUCUCUUUUAUGGAGGCUUUAGCUAAAGAAGACACUGAUGCAGCUGUUCAGUCAAUAUUAUAUAGAGAAAAUUAUGUAAUGAAGGAACUAGAUAAGUAUUUAUAUCAUCAUGACUUCUUAAAUGCAAGAAGAAAAGAGAUGUAUAAAAAAUGGGUUGAGUGUGUGGCAGAUCCUCUACAGAAGAAAAUUAUAGAAAAAGUUUGUUCACAUAAGAAGAUUAAAAAGGGGAGACGACAAGAAUUAGAGUUUUUGAGACAUGUAAAUAAGAAGGGAAAUGCAUGUAUAGAGAAUUAUGAUCCAAAAGAAUAUGAUCCUUUUUAUAUGAGCAAAGAGGACCCCAAUUUUCUAAAGGUCAUCAUGCCGCCAUUCUGUGUCCCUCUGAAAAAAGCCCAGUAUGACAAGGACAAUGACAAGAAGACUCUCCUCCAGUGUGAGACCAGCAAAAUCUAUACAAUGAAAGAAUUUAAAGAGAUCGAGAAGGCCCAGUUGCAUUCCAGGUUCCUGAGUAUUUCUAAUUCAAGGCAAUGUAUGACUCCAAACAAAUGGCUUAAAGUGCCCAUGAGAUACAUAGAAAGUGAAUUUUGUAAAAGGAGCAGGUAA